AUUCAGGUGAGAUCUCAGGAGUAUUGGCCCAUUCUAUGUAUCAUAUUCAGCACUAUCCUAGCUGCUUGACAGCUGUUGGGGGGCAAUGUUUCCGAAUCAUAACCUAAUUAAUUUAUCAGACUCCAAUAUUUGUGUGUGUGUAUAUAUAUAAUAGCUAGCAACCAAGCGCCCAUGCCAUUGAUCUCUCUACCUUUCAUAUUUACUGUUUCCAGUUGUAGCUAGGAGGGCGGAGUGCGGACAACUUGUGGCAAAAACAGUAGCAAAAAGAAGGCUAGUUAGCUGAAAACAUUUAUUUAUGGCAGCAAAAGAGAGCAGCACCAGCAGCAUCAACACAAGCUUUACAAACCACCACGCCUGUGAACCCUGCAGAUCGUUUGGCCAAAAGUGCAGCCAUCUUGUGAAGAAGCAGCGCGCAAAGUUCUACAUCCUCCGCCGCUGUAUAGCAAUGCUUGUAUGUUGGCGAGAGCGUGGAGAGCAUUGAGAACUAGGCUAGCUAGCUACUGCUGCUGCUUGUUUAUUUAUUUGGUUUAGAAAUAUCUAUAGAUUAUAUUCACUUAGGAUGUAAAUUAUUAAAGAGUUCUUUUAGACAGUUUAGCUAAAAUAAUGUUGAGGAAAUUAUUUGCUUCUCAAUGGCUUUUAGAUCUGUAGAGAGUCAAGGUCCAGCUAGUUUUGUAGUUUUGUUUCCUGGGCUUUUACCCUCUGAUCUUAUCAAAAAACAAAGCUGGUUUCAUAUAUAUAUGGCUGUUUUUUAAAGCUUAAUUAAUAUAGAUUGGCAGCUUUGCACUGCUUCAACUAAUAA